GGAAGUAUCACAAAAAUUCGGCGCAGUCGGUGCUCAUGGAAGGCGACUCUGCCUCCCACGUGAAAAACACUUGUUACGGUGCUUAAUGAAAGUUGUUCAGUGUUCUCCACUCGCCAGAGUUGCAACUCGAUAUUCAGAUGCAGCAUUGCUGUGUGCAGACGGUGUCUCUGAAGAGUCCCGUGGGAAACCUUCACAUUAGUGGCUGUCAAGAAGGAAUACACACAAUCCAAAUCAAGACGGACAGCGGCGACUGUGAGUGUGGUUGUGUGUGUGCAGAUGAGCAUCAGGAGCUUUUUGCAGAGAGUGUGAAGUGUGUGUCGUGGCUGAGGGCUUAUUUUACUGACCCGAGCAGCACUCACACACUCCCCACGCCCGCCAUACACCACCCCAUCCUACAGGGAGGCUCGUGGACGGCGGGUGUGUUGCGCGUGUUGCAGAAGAGUGUGUGUGUGGGGGAGUGUGUGACGUACACACAGCUGGCAUCCCUGGCCGGCCGACCCAGAGCAGCACGAGCUGCAGGAGGAGCCAUGCGCAGGAACCCAGUGCCGCUGCUGAUCCCGUGCCAUCGUGUGUGUCUGAGCGGUGGAGGGGCGGGGCAUUACAUGGGUGGCCAUGGCGACCAAAUCAAACUCUGGCUGCUGGAGCAUGAACGCAAAGCAAAACACUGACACACACGAGCGCACGGACGCACAUGUUUCACAGAGCUAGCUCUCCUUCGAGUUUGAGUUUCUGAUGGGUUGUUUUCAAUUGUUGCCUUGUUCAUGUUUUUUUUUCACGUCGUUUAAUGGGUGAUUGUUGGGUUUGUUUGUGUGUGUAAUAAUAAAAUCUGUUAUAUUAA